GCGCACUUUAUAGAUAACUGAUGGCCCAUUUGAUUGGAUUAUAGCGAUGAAACGCGUUGGGCUACUGUGCAGUCGUCUCAGUCGACUAAUUGAAACUGAUGUAGGCAACCUCGUACCGACCUGUUCUAAAAGGAAAUUGAGAUUCUUCUGCACAGGCCCACCUCACACCUCGUCCCCUGUACCUGAGUCUACAAUCAAAGUGCGGUAUGUGCGUGGGCUUCCACUCCUCAAUGUGAGAUUACCGUCGAGGGACGAAGAAUGUCAGUUUUCGCUCCGACCACUUAGCGACAAUGUAGGGACUUUUUGCGACCAGCUGCGGCAAGAAGAUCGAGGAUUGGAUUUUGUUGCUGUUUAUACCAAAGAUGGAAUUCGUGUUGCUACAUCAACUUCUGUUGAACAUUUGUUACUUUUUGGAGAGUUUCGUCUGAGACUGAAUGAUCGCUAUUUUGAUGUUGUCGUGUCGUCAGGACUGGAAGAACAACUGGGAAGCGACAGAAUGCGACAAAUCGAUGAUCUGCGUGCUACAAUCGCUUCAUUGCAUGCUUCGCUUUGUGUGGACGAGUACAAAAUAGGAAGGGAAAAGAAAUUGCUGCAACGGCUCGAGAGAGCAGAGACAGCAUUGAAGCCACUACACGAGAAAAAGCUGGAAAUAGAGAAGGCAUGCGAGAAUCACGCAGAAAGAGUAAUGUGGGCAGGCUUUGCCGCCAUGGGCUUACAGACAGGUUUGUUUGCUCGAUUGACCUGGUGGGAGUACUCCUGGGAUAUCAUGGAGCCUGUAACUUAUUUUGCCACUUACGGGACUGUAGUAGCGACCCUCGGCUACUACCUCUAUACCCGACAGACUUUCGAAUAUCCGAAUGCACGGCAGCGGGUUUUUACGAAGCAGUUCUAUAGAAGAGCGGAAAAGGAAGGCUUCGAUAUUGAAAAGUACAAUUCAUUGGUGUCGGAGGUUGAAGAACUCCGCGGACAAUUACAGCGUAUACGUGAUCCCCUAUUCCAACACUUGCCAGUCAGCUACCUUACCAAACUGGAAGACGAUGUAGAUGUAGCGCAAAGAAACGUCAGAAAGUCUUCACCCAACGGCGGUUGAAGACAUGUUGGCUAAGCCAAUUUUGCUUUGGCUUUGGUCUCAAUGUGCAUAGCUUCUCCUUCUUUUCAUUCUUUACGAGUUCGAUGCCAAAGUUUGUAAUUUAUAUACAGUAUUCUAGUCACUUAGGC